AUGUCAAGUAUUUUCAUAAGUUUCUUCAAACUUGUGCAACUGCGGUUUCGAUAUUACUGGAAUGUGCUAGCGUCUUUUUUCCCCUUACUCACUUUACUGUCUGAUGGGCUAAAUCAUGUGUUGCCACCUACCAGAAAAAUCUCGUCAGACAGUGAGGAAUCACACGAGUUGGAUGACAAAAAAUCUUUAUUUCCAGAAAGUCAACAACGUAUCACCCAAAUAAAGGUUUUCAAGAACGUUCAUCCAUGUUCCUUGACUUUCAACACCAAGUUAGUUCCCUUCAAAAACUCAAACGGAGAAAUGGAAUGGAAAUUUGUUGAGGAUAACGAAAGUGCAGAGAAGUCUCCCAGUUUGAUGGAGGAUGGUUUAAGUGAGUCGUUAUCGCCAUUUAUGGCCGAUAGUACUCAGGACUCUGAUGUUCACCUAAUGUUUGGCACCCCGUUUUUAGUUAAAGAAGAACAACAACAACACAAACAAGAACAACAACAACUACAGGAACAAGAGCAAGAACACCAGCAUCAGCAACAUCAACAAAACCUUCCAAGCUCAAGUAAUUCGAAGGAUGGUAGUCAGGAUCACAGUUCUUUGGCCGAAUCGUCCAAGGAGCUUAACAUUCAUAAAAGGAACAGAAGAAAGCGUGUCUCUAGUGUAGUGACUUCAGUUACCAAUGGAGAAACCUACUACCAUUGCUCCGAAUGUCCUUCUAAAUUUAAGUUUCGUGGAUACUUAACGCGGCAUUCCAAGAAGCAUUCACAACGUAAGGCUUAUCAUUGUCCUUUCUAUGAAUCAGGCCAUGGCAAAUGCAGUUUAGGUGAGGGUUUUUCCAGACGUGAUACCUACAAGGUACAUUUGAAAGCUAUGCACUUCAAGUACCCUAAAGGUGUGAAAUGCGCUGAUCGAACUGGUAUGAUGGGGUGGUGUGGAUCAUGUGGUCAGAGCUUUCAGAACAAUGAAAUCUGGGUUGAGAGGCAUAUCGAGAAGGGUGUCUGUCGAGGUCUUCCAGAAGGUUACAGUAGUCGUAUCAUGACACGAAAUCGAAAGAAAACAGGAAAGCAGUCAUCUCUAUUGAAUGUCGCUAACAACGGUGUCAACGAAAAUCCAAUGCUCAAACUAGUUAUGGAUGGAGAAGUAGUUUCAGCCCCCAAGUUGGAGGAUGUGACACAUCUACUUGGUGAGUCUGGCUCCACGAACACAUGGACUGAAAACUCAGAAAAUGCAAGCCGAACUUCUUCGAUACACGACUUAAGUGAUCACUCCUCUGCUAGUGACUCUUUAAGCGGACAUACGAGUGGGGAAUCGCUUGCAGGCUCAACUAACGAUUCUAGCUCUCAGUCUUUAGAUGAAGCGAUAAAUCCCAUUGGACACCCAGUGGAUCGGUCGUUAUUCGCCCAUCCAAAUUCCAAUGGGGAAAUGUUUGGGAGGUCUUGGACGGCAAGAGAGUCAAGUUUGCACUCAGUUGUUGAUCCUUUUGGUGGACAGGUGCAAGCACAGGUGCAGGCACAGAUUUACAUGAAGUCCCAGGCAGAUUCACAGGUGUCUCAGAGCGACUCCCAGAAACAGGUAAACUUUCAAACUAACUUUCAGCAGAUUCCCCAAAACUUUGAGAAUUCUGUACCACUAGCUAUGCCAAUAGGCGAUGAUGAUUUUCCUGCAUUGGAUGGAGAAAAUGCGUAUAUUGCCCUAUUACAACAACAUCGGCAGCUCCCUGAUUCAAGGCCAGAGCGCGCCAAGCCUGCUCACUUAGGCCAAGAUCCAUUAUUUCAUCCAAACAUGCAUGUUUCGUGGCUUAGCCAACCUGAUCUUACAUUUUAG